AUGCCCUCCCUCACAUCCACCCUCGUUUCUCUCCUCGUCUCGGCCGCGUCCAUCGGCCAGGUCCGGGCGGUUGACCCGCUCGUCGACCUCGGGUACACAAAACUCCAGGGCGUCGCCGAGCCCGGCGGCGCGACCCGGUGGCUCGGGGUCCGGUACGCCGCGGCGCCGCUGGGCGAGCUCCGCUUCGCCGCCCCGGUCGACCCUCCGAACACGGCCGACGUGGUCGACGCCUCCAAGUUUCGCCCCAUCUGCCUCGCCCGGAGCGCGUCCGACUUCACGAUGAAGCCCAACAAGCGCUUCACCGCCGCCGAGGACUGCCUGUACGUCAACAUCUUCGCGCCGUCCUCCGCCACGCCCGAGUCCCGGCUGCCCGUCAUGUACUUCAUCCAGGGCGGCGGCUUCCAGUCGCUGUCCAACGCCAACUUCAACGGCAGCGACCUGGCCCGCUUCGGCAACAUGCUCGUCGUCCAGGUCAACUACCGCGUCGGGCCCUACGGCUUCCUGCAGAGCAAGGAGGUCAUCGGCGGCGGCGCGAGCUUGAACAACGGGCUCAAGGACCAGAUUCAGGGGUUGAAGUGGCUGAAGAAACACGCCGCCGCCUUCGGAGGAAACCCGGACCAGAUGGUGGUCGUCGGCGACUCGGCCGGCGCGACCUCCGUGGCGCUGCUGAUGUCGGCCUUUGGAGAAGAAGACCCGGGUCUGUUCCAGGGCGCCAUCAUGGAGUCCGUCUCGGUCGCCACCGUCCGCGACCUCGACCAGGGCCAGGAGCAGUACGACUGCCUGACCAAGGCCACCGGCUGCGACCGGCAGGCCGACUCCCUCGCCUGCCUGCGCAGCGUCAACGCCACGGCCCUCCAGACGGAGAACUGCCAGUUCAACCCCAACAUCGACGGCGACCUCGUCAAGGCGCCCACGCUGCAGCGCUUCGCCGACGGCAAGUACCUCAAGGUGCCCACCAUCGCCGGCACCUGCACCGACGAGGGCACCAAGAACGUGCCGCAGGACACCGACACCGUCGAGAAGGCCCUCAAGAACAUGAACGACCAGGCCACGCAGUCCCUCAGCAACGACUCCCUCGCCCUCCUGAAGGAGACGUACCUCGACCGCCCGGCGCCCGUGUUCCCCAAGUCCGGCCGGCUGUGGCGCCAGCUCGCCAACGCCCACGGCGACUACCGCGCGCACUGCAUCACCAAGAUGCUGCAGGACGUCAUGGCGCGCGACGGCGUCAAGACCUUCAACUACCGCUACGGCCCCAUCGACGACGAGCAGGAGGCCCAGGGCUUCGGCGCCUACCACACCGUCGAGCUCAACGGCGUCUUCGGCCCGGCCAACACGGACGGCGCGCCGCCCAAGAGCUACGCCACCACCAACGCGCCCACCGUGACGCUGACCCAGGCCUACUGGGCCAGCUUCGUGCGCACCCUCGACCCCAACGCCGCCGCCAUCCAGCCCGGCAUGCCCGAGUGGCGGGCCUGGACCCUCGAGGGCAACGAGAGGCUGCUGUUCCAGAACAACACGGGCGUCAUGGAGACCAUGCCGCCGACGCAGCAGGCCAACUGCGUCAUGCUGGCGCCCAUGAUCCCCUUCAUCGAGAUCCCCGCCACCGAGGCCCAGAAGGGGUCCGUCGAGCUGAGGCGCGUCCCCGAAGCGUCGGCGGCCGGUCAGUCGCCCGCAACGGCUCCGGCUUCCGACCUCGAAAAGGGCGGCAAGGCGGCCGGGGGCCAGAGCGGAAUGAAGGAGGGCGGCAAGGGCAACGGCACGAAGCACGGCGGAGGCGAGGGCGGCGGCAAGGGCGGCGGUGGUGGCAAGGGCGGCGGCAAAGGCAUGGGACAAGGGAACGGCACCAACUCGACACCUCCGACGGUGCCGCCGUUCAGCUCCGCGACGAAGGCGGACUACGGCCUCUCGGGGUUACUGUCUGUCAUGGCCGUCGUGUGUGCUGGCCAGUUCAUGCUGGCAUGGUAG